AUGCCCACGCCAGCCUCAGCCAUGGAUCCUGCGUGGGACUCGCAAGACCGAGUAGACGAAAAGUCUUCCGAACAAGUGAAAGAGUCAGAGAGCAGAUCAUAUGGAGAUUCGUUUUCCAGCGACCCAGAAAAGGCCAUCGACAGUAGCUCAUGCUCAACAAAUGCGGACGAGGCAACAUUAUCCAGUGAUUCACCAGCAGGUGCGGAACAAGAUCCCAACAUAGUGGAUUGGGAUGGCCCAGACGACCCAAAGAACCCUCAAAACUGGUCUUCAAGAAAGAAAUGGGGUAUUAUCUGGACUAUCGGUGCAAUCACCCUUAUCACCUCCAUCGGCUCUUCGUUUUUCGCUCCAGGUGUUCCACAAGUCAUGAGAGCCUUCCAUGAGACUUCUUUGACAAUCUCUGCAUUCGUCGUCUCAGUCUACCUCCUGGGAUUUGCCACUGGUCCAUUGGUCGUUGCACCCAUGUCGGAACUGUACGGACGAAGACUGAUAUACAACGUCUCCAACGUCCUUUUUGUGAUAUUCAGCAUCGCUUGCGCAGCCUCGACCUCCAUGGGAAUGUUAAUAGCAUUUCGAUUCCUUGCGGGAUGCGCUGCAUCAGCGCCUCUAACACUUGGAGGAGGCACAAUCGCAGACAUGUUUCCCCGAGAGCAAAGAGCCAAAGCCACGGUUGUCUGGUCCAUAGGACCACUCCUUGGACCCGUCCUCGGCCCAAUUGGCGGAGGGUUCCUUGUGCAGAAUACGGUGUGGCGUUGGGUGUUCUGGAUCAUCGCCAUGUUCGCCGGAGUCUCUGCUGUCGUCUUCUUCUUUGUGGGCGAAGAAACAUAUCAUCCCAUCAUCCUGGCCCGCAAGACGGAGGCUCUUCGCAAGGAAACCGGUAACAUGAAUCUCCGCUCUAAGCUCGCUUCCGACCUGCCACCCAAGGAGAUCAUUGCCCGAGCUAUCGUCCGCCCGAUGAAGAUGCUCAUCUUGUCACCCAUCGUAGGUCUGAUGUCGCUAUACGUGGCAAUCAACUAUGGUAUCUUGUACCUUUUCUUCACUACCGUAACCUUUGUAUUCGAGGGCCAAUACGGCUUCUCCUCUGGCGCCGUCGGAUUAUCCUUCCUUGGAUUCGGUAUUGGAAUGCUUGUCGGCAUGUUUCUCAUCGGCCUCAUGUCUGACAAAAACAUCACCAAACACCAGAACAGUGGCGGCGCCAAACCAGAGCACCGUCUUAUGCUGGGACUCACCGUUCCUGGUGCCAUCAGUCUCCCAAUCGGCGUCUUCGUUUACGGAUGGACCACUUACCACAAAGUCCAUUGGAUCGUCCCCAUCAUCUUCACCUCAUUCAUUGGCCUCGGUAACCUGACGGCCAUGAUGACCAUUCAAACAUACCUCAUCGACGCCUUCACCAUUUAUGCUGCAUCCGCCAUUGCCGCGUCCACCGUUCUCCGAUCUGUUUUCGGUGCCUUCUUGCCCCUGGCUGGACGAGACAUGUACAAAGUGUUAGGUCUAGGUUGGGGCAACAGUUUGCUUGGGUUCCUUUCCCUAGCCGUCGUACCCGUGCCGAUUCUCUUCCGCAUAUACGGCGAGAAGAUCCGGACGAAUCCAAAGUGGCAGGUUCAAUUUUGA